CAGAGGUCCAAAGGAAAAGAACUGACUGGAACUUGCCAGCCUAGCUGGAAACUUUGCCUUCCCUCAGGCAGAGGAAUGAUUUAGAGAAGUCCCAGAGGAUAUUUUUUUUGCAGGAGUGGUCACUCCUUAAAUCCAGGCAAGAAAGGGGAGGAGUGUGAGCCGUCCCGCCCCUUCUCCAGUAAAUUUCUGCCGCUCCAGGGUUAGCGGCGGGAGUUCGAAGGGCUUGGAGCAGCGGCACACCCUGAGCUCAGCAUGGUUUCGGUGACCAGAGCCGUGUUUGGAGACCUGCCCCUGGGAGCAGGGACAGUGGAGAAGUUCCAGCUGCAGUCAGACCAGCUGAGAGUGGACAUCAUCUCCUGGGGCUGCACCAUCACAUCCCUGGAGGUCAAAGACAGGCAGGGCAGAGCCUCAGAUGUGGUGCUCGGCUUUGACGAGUUGGAAGGGUACCUCCAAAAGCAGCCCUACUUUGGAGCUGUGGUUGGCAGGGUGGCCAACCGAAUUGCCAAAGGAACGUUCAUGUUGGAUGGGAAGGAGUAUAAACUGGCCAUUAACAACGGGCCCAACAGCCUGCAUGGAGGAGUCAAAGGGUUUGACAAGGUCCUCUGGACCCCUCGGGUGCUGUCAAAUGGUGUUGAGUUCUCACGGGUCAGUCCAGAUGGUGAGGAAGGCUACCCUGGAGAGUUAAAAGUCUGGGUGACGUACACGCUGGAUGGCGGCGAGCUCGUGGUCAACUAUCGAGCACAGGCCAGUCAGACCACCCCGGUCAAUCUGACCAAUCAUUCUUACUUCAACCUGGCCGGCCAGGGUUCCCCAAAUAUAUAUGACCAUGAAGUCACUAUAGAAGCUGAUGCUUUUUUGCCUGUGAAUGAAGUCCUGAUUCCUACAGGAGAAAUUGCUUCAGUGCAAGGAACUGCCUUUGACCUGAGGAAGCCAGUGGAGCUUGGAAAACACCUGCAGGAGUUCCACGUGAAUGGCUUUGACCACAAUUUCUGUUUGAAGGGAUCUAAAGAAAAGCGUUUCUGUGCACGGGUCUAUCAUGCUGGAAGCGGGCGGGUCCUGGAAGUGUACACCACCCAACCUGGGGUCCAGUUUUACACGGGCAACUUCCUGGAUGGCACGCUGAAGGGCAAGAGUGGAGCAGUCUACCCCAAGCACUCCGGGUUCUGCCUUGAGACUCAGAGCUGGCCUGAUGCAGUCAAUCAGCCCCACUUUUCUCCUGUGUUGCUGAAGCCUGGUGAGGAGUAUGACCAUACCACUUGGUUCAAGUUUUCUGUGGCUUAAGAAAAUGUAGAUAUAUGACCUGCUCCAGGGCCAGGCUGGGAGCCCCUUUAGCAGCCUGACUCUCCUAUGAAGAGAUGAGCUAAAGAUUUAGAGGCUUUCAAAGUGAUUCUGUGAUUUAAAAUCAUACAAAUGGUAGCAGUCAGGGUGGUCAAGUCUGAAUAUUGAUUUCCUUCUCAAAGACUGGCUCCAGGCCAGGUCUAAUGACCAGCUCUCCUCUCUGUGAAGUGAAAAGGGACCCAACCACCUAUGUCACCCGUCAUCUCAGCCUUGAUCCUAGCCCAGAAGUGGCACCUGGGCUCCAUAUGUUGGCUCCAUCUGUCCAUUCUGCCUCUUUCUUUUCUACUUUCCACCCUUUCUUUCUUUGAUCCUACUCAAUCCUUUUUUUCCCCUCCUUCUCUAGCUCACAUCAUCUUGCUCUAUGCAUCCUAUGGAGUUUUCAGGUCACUUAGCUCAUUCAGCCUGCUGGCAGAGGGACCCUGUCUGCCUCAAUAAGGCAACAAAUGAUGGAGACAUGAGUCAACUAAGGCUUAGAGGGGAUAAAUGACUCACCUAAAGACACUGAACGAGGAAAACUUUUAACCAAGACUCUAAGUCGGGUUAUUUGCCUGAAACGUGCAAAUUCAAGUCCCCUUCUUUGUCUCCACUCCAGUCUUCAGGAGCAUCCCUAGCAUCAACUCAUGGGCACAGAGGAGUCUAAUCCUUACUGUUAGCCAGCCUUUCUUCCAAAAUUCACUUUUAUAAAAAGAAGCGUGAGUCUGUUUGAGCUUUACAGAUGAUGUGAUUUAAGGUGCAAGAUCAAAAUGUCCAGAAAGUAUCUGUAAAUUUGAUUCUCUGCCUUCACAGUUAACUGAGAAGGCCAGUUCAGCCCAGGCGUAGGAAGGGUCACUGGAGACAGGAGCUGUGUUAGUGUGAGGAGAGGACCUUGGCCGAGAGAACUGCAGAUUGCACUGGAGAGCACCUGUGUUAUGUAGAUCAGCCUGGGCUUCCCACCUUUCCUAACUGAAUCAUCAGUGGUGGGUUUGGGUUGGUGGCUUUUAAAGAAAUGUAUCUUAUACUAUUAUACACUGAUAAUCAGUUUAAAUAAAAUCAAAAUCUGUACCUUCAAAAAA